GAUUUCCAAAUCAGUUGGGUAUGAGAAUUUCCUGUUCAGCCUUCAGAGACACAUUAGUGAGAAAUCUCGUUUUCCACUCAUAACUCACCCUGAGCAUCAUGUGGCAGCCUGUCUAGUUCACUGUCACUGUUGUCCUGGAUUCUGCCACUGACUUUCACUUUUUCAUGCUCAUCUCCCACAGACCUCCUGUGAGCUCCUCACCUCAUUGCAGGAGCCCUGGCUUUCUGGCAGGAGAGGGAGCUUGACAUUGGCCUCCUCUCCGCCAGCCCAGUCAGUUGACACAACACUGCAAAUGUGAAAUGUGGAGUAACUAAGGGACAGUUCUGAUGCAGGGAACUAAACUAGAGUGUGGAUGCCUCUAAACAGCUCGGAUAAUCCAAGAGUGUGGAAUUCCCUGGAGGACUGCCUCAAAGUUCUGUCCUUGUUGUCUGUGGAGCGUCCGUCACCAGCUCGUGUUUAUAUUUUCUUGUCAGUAUACUUAAACCUACAUCCACAGGAGACUUGAUGAUGAGUACAUGAGUUCAUUGUUCAUGGGGCAAAAAAACAGAUUACAAAUUAAAACCUCAAAAUAGCUCCGAUGUUCCAAACCCCACCCAUUUGGCUGCAUCAGAAUGUGUACCUUUUGAUGAGCAGCUGCAGGGCACAGGCCCUGGCAUCAUUCAGCUGCCGAGAUGAGUAAUGAAAGAGUCACCUAUGUAGAAUUGAAUGUGUCGAAGGAUUCAAGGAACCAGAAAAGGCAACCAACGGGCACCCGCAGCUCCAUCUCAGUAACUGAGCAGGAAAUCACCUAUGUGGAAUUCAGCUUUCAAAAUCCUUCUCCAGACCAUCCCUCGGUCUGCAGGGACUGCUGCUGCAAAGGUUUUCCAUCUCCUCCGGAAAAACUCAUCACUGUUUUCCUGGGUGUCAUUGGCUUUGCCUUAUUGGUCGCUGUGGUUUUAAUUACUACAGUUUUCUCAAGCUAUCCUAAAGAAAAGGAGCAAAUCAACUUGUCCAAGUCAGGACCCCAGAAAGGACACCUUUGUCAUUGUCCAAAAGAGUGGAUGUCAUAUUCCCACAAUUUUUAUUACAUUAGUGUGGAGAAGAAAAAUUGGACUGACAAUUUGGUGUCCUGCAAUACCAAAAACGCUAGUCUGCUUUACAUAGAGAGUGAAGAGGAGCAGAACUUUCUGCAAUCCCUCUCACUUAACACAUGGAUUGGAGUCUUUCGGAAGAGCAGAGAUCAACCCUGGGUUUGGGGAAAAGACUCAACUUUCAAACCAAAGAUAACAGAACUUUUCCAUGGUGAACAUAAUUGUGUCAUGCUUUCAACCUCUGGCCUCCCAGCACAUGACUGCGCAGUUUUGCAUACAUAUCUUUGUAAGCUUAAGCUCACAAACUAAAAACCCUGUAUUGGAGUCUUUCAGGUCCAGGAAGGUGAGUGUCCAGCCAGACUGGAUCCGCAAAAUCCAGUAUAU